UUUCAGAUCCUUGACUCAUAAUGUCUUCCUCUCCAACUUCGUCAUCAUCUGGGUCCCCUUCUUCACAUGGACAUCGAUCUGAAACAGAAAAACAAAGAAGAGAUGAUACUAAUGAUCUGUUGAAUGAAUUCAAGAAAAUCGUUCAAAAAUCGGAAUCUGAAAAACUUUCAAAAGAAGAGGUUCUAUUUCGUAUUGUGAAAUUGUUAUCUGGUAUUCAACUUCAUCACGAAUCGUUUUCAACAUCGCCUGGACCAAUUAGAAGUAUUAAAAAGAUUAAAAGCGAUCGGGAACAAGUUCGCCGAAAUAAGAGAGUUGCCGCGUACAGAGAGCUCAGAAAAUUUAUUGCAUUGAAUAAUUUGAGUAGCUCAGAAGAAAUAGACAAAAUGGAGAAUUUGAAGGUUCUAGAAAUCAUCUUUGAAGUGAUUCGUGGAAAGUCGAUCACAUGUACAGUACCUUGCCUACCAUUUCCAAUACUUCCUUUUCUCCCAGUAUUCCCAGUUUAUUCGCCAUUAGUUUUCAAUUCAUACAAUCAAUUUUCACUUUAUCCUCCUCACAUGCCUACAGUUCAGAUUCCUAUUGUCCCAAGUUCCAGCUUCGAAAUUGACGCUCUGGAAAUAGAAGAAAAUGAGAAAGAUAUCGAUAUUGUUGGCUGAAGAGAUUCAGCUGAAAAUCGUAUUGGUCUCCAAUUUUUUUCAACAGUUUUCAACAUUAUUUAGACAUCUUUUGCAUCCCGAUUCAUUGAAAAUUAAUAAAUUUAAAAAAGUAACAUCAAGAUAAUAAAUUCAAGUUUAAC